UGUGCUAACAGUGAACGAUGUCAAGAAUUUAAAAAUUAUUAGUUUUACUAUACGUUUGUAAUAUAUCUAUAUCGAUAUUUAUAGAUAAAGACAUCUAAAAUGGAUUUAAACGUUGACGAAUACAUAAAUGGCUUAUUUUCUAAAAAAGCUUCUGAUCAGCCCUGUGAAGAUAAAUUGCCUGAAAAUUUAGCUAUGAGAAUUCCGGAUUGGUUCGACGAAAAGCAAUUUAAUAAAGCACGUGACUUCUACUGGAGCCAGUCUUUUCAGCUCGCUUUGUCCAUGUUGCUGGGCCUAGUGGCAGUGUUCGCUGUUCCUUCCAUCCUAGGAGUGCUCAUCAGUUCUCGACGCUCUAACUCUAGUUUUACAGCAUAUAGGAGAUAUGUUUCAACGCUGCUGCAUACUGUAUCUUGGUUCGAACACGAUUUUAAACCCGGGAGUGUUUCAUGGAAAUCGUUACUUACGGUUCGGACUCGUCACAUCAAAGCCAGUAUGGCAGCUAAUCUGAAAGGCAAAGGCAUCGUGUCCCAGCGUGAUUUAGCACUGACACAGUUCGGAUUUAUUGGUUUCUCAGUAUUGAAGCCCGAUAAAUUUGGACUUCGGCAGCUUGAAGAAGGUGACUGGGAAGCUUACAACCAUUUCUGGAGAGUCAUUGGACAUGCUAUUGGCAUAGAAGAUAGGUACAACUUAUGUCGAAAGAGUUUUGAAGAGACACGCCAAGUAUGUCAAAUUGUUCUGGAUCGUGUGUUCACGCCAUGCUUGGCAAAUGUACCAGAGUACUUUGAGCACAUGGCACGUUCCAUGUUAGAUGGUAUGUGGCAUGUCAACCCCGUAGUGAAUGUAGAGGCCAUGAUAUACUGGACAAAAUAUUUGGCUGAUGUGCCUGGCUAUAUUGAUACAGAUGUAGAUAGAAUAAAUUUACAAAACAGAAUUAGGAACCUGUUGAAAGGAAGAUCAGAGGAAAUUGGUGUUGACAUAAGUGCGCUGAUUGCUGAUCCAUUAAUUGCUUCACCUGCGACUUCACCACGUCUUAUUUACUUGCACGACUAUGAUACGAUUGAAAAAGCACCUUCGUACCAGCGAUUGACAUUGGCGGCAAGAUAUAAGAUAUCACUCAACGCGGUGUUUGUCGCCUUCUACAGCUCCUAUUUGGGUCGAAUUUGCCUUAAUUUUGUAUAUACCAUAACUGUAUUUUUCAUGAAGUACUUUCCUUACAUAGCUUUCUUCAGAUACGGUGUGAUGCGAUCUUAUCCGAGACUUUUCGCGGAAGAUCCAAUCGAUAAUGAGGACCCAAAGCCUAACUCCGAGUACUAUAAACCACUGCCACCAUUGCCAAUGUACAAAGAGUUAUUGGCAAUAAUUUGGUAACA